AACCCAACUACGAAGUACCGCGGAUAUUAAUUAGAAGCGGGAGCUUAAGAGGGACGCGAACGCGCUUGAGCACCCAUCAAGUUAGGGCGCUGCGCCUCAGUCUCUGGUGGGGUACGGGCCUGAGAGUCAAUCACAGUGGCGAAGAGGUAAUCUUCCGGGAAUCUGCCGGCGCAGCCAACGUGGCUUCGUUGGCCCAAAGUUCCAGCAUAUCGAGAAUUGCGAUUGCAUCUUGGUUUCUUCAAUUCCACCACCGUCGUCCUGGUCAUCGUUGCAGCUCGCUCUCAACUCGCCGCUCCACUCGACCUGUCCACUCCUUCAACACCCUCCGUGUCCGACCGUCGCGCAACGCGCAACACUAAUCCAAAAUGAAUGCGCCCGAGCCUGAGCAGACCCCUUUCGAGGCUGUCAGCGUCCACACAUCCAAGAUCCAGCGACAUUAUCAAGCCCUCCUGGACCAGUCGACUCCCUUUGUCCUGUACCGAUGGAUCGCAACUGGCGUCUGCCUGUUCCUCUUCUUCCUGCGCAUCCUGUUUGCGCAAGGAUGGUACAUUGUGGCCUACGCGCUCGGAAUCUACCUUCUCAACCUGUUCCUAGCCUUCCUGCAGCCCAAGUUUGACCCCUCGAACGAAGCGAUCGACAAUGAGAUGGAAGACGGCUCCGUGGGCACCCUCCCUACCAAGCAGGACGAGGAGUUCAAGCCCUUCAUCCGACGCCUUCCCGAGUUCAAGUUCUGGUACUGGGCAACCCGUGCUGUCUUCAUCUCCUUCGUCUGCAGUUGGUUCGAGAUCUUCAACGUCCCCGUCUUCUGGCCUGUUCUGGUCAUGUACUGGAUCAUUCUUUUCGUUCUGACCAUGCGAAAACAAAUCCAGCACAUGAUCAAGUACCGCUACGUGCCCUUCUCCAUGGGCAAGAAGAACUACGCCAAGAACAGCUCCUAAACGCCGCUGUGGGAGAGACCAAGAUCCUUUUCUUCGGCACGGCCUGUCGCGAGACGUGGCAACUACGUGUCCUGUAUAAACACCGUAGCCGGCUUUAUCAAACGGCGCACUAAUGCAAUGUGUGUCCCAAGGCGUGUAUUGCAAUCAGGGAUGGCGUGGGUUCUGGGACUGCAGGGACAGGGGGGCGCAGCAACCUUCAGCGACUGCUUCUAUAUAGACUGAAUGGGCUCGGGACUGCAUCCAAGUGAGAGCACAGACUCGAGUCUUGAGACGAACCAUUUAAUGAAAAGAACGAAAUCUGAAAUGAAGCAAUUAAAA